UGUGUACAGAAAUGCAAUUAAAUAACUUGUGAAAUGAAUUUGUGACAAAGUGCAAAAACAGAUGCAACACAUUGCACACAUAACAAGUGGGACAAAACACCCCCCGCUUACACACCUAGACUGAGUUCUGACCACAAAGUAACAGUGUCUCCUUAUGAGCAUUUUAACUGCAGUUAUUUCCUCGCUGCUGUUACAUUUGCUUUUGUUAGAUCUCGAAGACACAGUUUUGUGAGACAACACAAUGGAUUUUCACAGCUAUUUGAUUAUUUAUCCUUUUCUGUUUGUCGCAUUUUUCAAAGUGUCAGAAUGCUCUGAAGUGUCUAUUGUUGGAGGAAAAGAUGUGAAAAAACUUGAUCCAUGGAUGGUGUCGAUUCAAAAGGACGAGCUUCAUGUGUGUGGAGGAAUUCUCAUUAAAAACCAAUGGGUUUUGACUGCUGCUCACUGCAAAGAAGAGCCCAUAAAAUCUGUGACAGUUCUCAUUGGGACUCUGUCUCUGAGUAAAACUAAAGGCUCUCAACGAGUUGGCAUUCUCAGUUAUGAGCACCCCAAAACAUACAAUGAGCAGACUAAACAGGAUGACAUUAUGCUCAUUAAGUUAAACAAAAAAGUGAAAGCAAAGCCCAAAAAACUCCCUAAAAAGGAGCAAGACUUUCAACCUGGAACAAAAUGUGUUGUAACAGGUUGGGGUACUAAGAAUUCAAAAGUUUCGCUGGCUUCUGAUAAACUUCAAAUGUUAGAUGUCACCGUUGUGGACAGAAAACUGUGCAACCGUUAUUACAAGGAUGAUCUUGUCAUUACAAAUGAUAUGCUGUGUGCAGGAAACACAGAGAAAAACCGAGGCACUUGUCACGGAGAUACCGGUGGACCACUGCAAUGUAAGAAGAACCUUGUUGGAGUCGUUUCAGGAUCGAGGGGAUGUGGUGUUCCUGGGAAACCAACUGUGUACACUUUUCUUUCUAAUAAACACAUGUUGUGGAUAAAUAGCAUACUUAAAAAACAAUUCAACAGCACAACCUAUUUAUUCCUUCCUGUUGUUCAUUUGACUUUGUUACAUCGCAAAGACACUGAGUUUUGUGAGAGAGAGAACACAAUGGAUGUUCACAGCUAUUUGAUUAUUUAUACUUUUCUGUUGAUCGCCUUUUUCAAAGUAUCAGAUUGCUCUGAAGUGUCUAUUGUUGGAGGAAAAGAUGUGAAAAAACUUGAACCAUGGAUGGUGUCGAUUCAAAAGGACGAGCAUCAUGUGUGUGGAGGAAUUCUCAUUAAAGACCAAUGGGUUUUGACUGCUGCUCACUGCAAAACUGAGCCCAUAAAAUCUGUGUCAGUUCUCAUUGGGACUCUGUCUCUGAAAACUCUUAAAACUAAAGGCUCUCAGCGAGUUGGCAUUCUCAGUUAUGAGCACCCCAAAACAUACAAUGAGCAGACUAAAAGGAAUGACAUUAUGCUCAUUAAGCUGAACAAAAAAGUCAAGACAAAGCCCAAAAAACUCCCCAAUAAGGAGCAAAACUUGCGACCUGAAACAAAAUGUGUUGUAAAAGGUUGGGGUACUCAGGAUUCAGAAGUUUUGGCAGCUUCUGAUAAACUGCAAAUGUUAGAUGUGACUAUUGUGGACAAAGAACUGUGCACAUGUAAUUACAAGGAUGAACUUGUCAUUACAAAUGAUAUGCUGUGUACAAGAAACAAAGAGACAAACAGAGGCCCUUGUCAGGGAGAUUCCGGUGGACCACUGGAAUGUAAGAAAAACCUUGUUGGAGUCGUUUCAGGAUCGAGGGGAUGUGGUGUUCCUGGGAAACCAACAGUGUACACUUUUCUUUCUAAUAAGCACAUCUUCUGGAUCAACAACGUACUAAAAAAACAAUUUAACAGCACAACCUAUUAGGAACAUUUAUAUUAUAUCAUCAUCAUAUUAGAUUGUAUGUAAUCCAUAAGUGUUUAUUUACAAAAUUAAAAAAUAAAUUAAUUCAACAAUGCAGUUUAACAAAUACGACUGAGUAUCUAAUAUUAAGUAAUUGUGCUUUAUUUUUUAUUGAUAUGGUCCCUUAAUAUGUAGUUGAAUAUACUGGAAAUUGUGUUCUUAAUUGUUUGUCUUUUAUAACAUUAAAUGCAUUU